UUAGAGAGUAAUAAACAAAUGAUGUGACGCUGAACGAGAGCAGAUAUAAUAAUCACAUUGUUUGAAACAAAAACAUCGGAUCAGGACGGAAACACACAGCCUCUGAAAAAUGGACCCCACUCUGUAUUUCAUUCUUCUUCUCUCUGCUCUCUGCUCCGUAUCUGAAUGUGUUCAGCGUCAGUAUCACUUUAUAAAUGAGGAGAAGAACUGGACUGAAGCUCAGAGAUACUGCAGAGAGAAAUAUACAGAUCUGGCCACCGUUGAUGACAUGAACGACAUGAACGAGAUGAAGAAGAGUCUGAAUGAUGGAGGUGUUCAGCUCGUCUGGAUUGGUCUGCAGAAGACGGGUCGUGAUGAAUGGAGGUGGUCUUCAGGUGAACCUGCUCUCUAUCUGAAAUGGGGAGAUAACCAACCUAAAGGCACAGAUGAUUGUGGCAUGAUGUCAGAUGGACAAUUUCAUGACAUUCCAUGCAGCACUACCAAAUAUUUCAUCUGCAACCACACGAACACAGGACCUGUCUUCAUCAAUCAGACGAUGAACUGGAGAGACGCUCAAAGUUACUGCAGACAGAAUCACAUUGAUUUGGUCAGUGUGAGGAACCAGGAGGAGAAUCAACAGGUUGAGCAGUUCAUUAGUGAUAAUAAAUUAUCUGGAUCAUGGAUCUGGAUCGGUCUGUUCAGAGACUCCUGGCAGUGGUCAGAUCAGAGUAACUCCUCAUUCAGAUACUGGAGAGCUGGUGAACCUAAUAAUAUUGGAGGUCAUGAAGACUGUACAGCUGUUGAUCAGAAAUCUCAGGGACAAUGGAUUGACGACUCUUGUGACAAACAAUAUCCUUUUGUGUGUCAUGAAGUUCUAUCUCCAGAUCCUGAACUGAUUGUGAUCAGAGAGAAUCUGAUGUGGUCUGAAGCUCUGAGAUACUGCAGACAGAAUCAUGUGGAUCUGGUCUCGGUUCAUUCAGAAGAGAUUCAGCGUCGUGUGAAGAACGUGGUUAAACUGGCGUCUACUGCUGAGGUGUGGAUGGGUUUACGUCACGUCUGUAUUUUGGACGCCUGGUUCUGGGUGAAUGGAGAGACUGUGUGUUAUCAGAACUGGGCUCCAAGGAACGGAUCUUCAGAUGAAGACUGUAAAGACUCAGUGAGAUCUGGAGCAGUUCAGUCUGGAGGAGAUCCGCUCUGGAUCAGUCUUCCUGAAAACACCAAACUCAACUUCAUCUGCAGCAGAUACUAAAACUGAAAGAUAGACAGACCUUUAUGUGAGAUAAUCAAUGCUGUGUGUUUGUUUCCUUAAUUUUUAUUCAUCACUUUGUAAAUUAAUAUCUUGAACUAGGGACAUGCACAGAUAUUUUGAGGGACAGGGGCUCAAGUGUAAAAACACAGCACUUUUCUUUUUUAUAGUAUUUUGUUUUAAACAAAACAUUUAAUAUACGUGAUGUUGACCAAAAGAAAGUUGUUGAUAUUCAUAUUCUGUGUGGUAAUCAGUUCACAGUACUGAUGGAGAGUAAGUUAUAGGCAUUUUUACAUUUAUGAAGCCAAAAGCAUGCAUCAUCUUUUGUUGAGCUGUUACCAAAGCUAAUUAAAUCAAUACUGAAAAAAUAAUAUUUUCAAUGAAGAGGAAACACAAAAGCUGCAUUAGAAGAAGCAUUUAGGUCAGGCUUUAAUGUUUUCCAGCUCCAUACAGAGUUUGGCUUCAGAAAAAAUAAUCCUAAUCUAAAAAAUCAUUCAAUGAGUCAAUGAUUUAGCUCAUAAACAUAAUAUUUUUUUUACACAAAAACUGCAUAAUGUAAAAAGCCCAGAAAGGAAAACUGUAGUUUUCACUAUUUAAUUUACUUUAUAGUCUACUAUUAAUUUGUUCUUCAUUAUUUAUUCUGUAUUAUUCCUCCUUUGAUAUUAUAUACUAUAUUGGCUGUUAUUCAUCUGUUGUUAUUGAUUUAUGUGGUAUUAUAACAUCUUUAAAAUCACUAUGUUUCUUAUCAGGUAUGUUUAUUAGGGCUGUAUGUUACAUCUCAUGUUGUUAAAUUAAUGUUUAUGGCAUAUUUCAGUUCUCUGAGUUUCAUCAUGAUGGUGUUUGUGUGAAUGACACUGAACACUUUCUAAAUAUGUCACUAUUUAAAAGUUGCUUGCGGUGGGCUUUGGUUUAUCAUGUGACUUUCUUAUCACCGUUUGCUUUUGGUCCGAAAUCAUCCCAAUUAAAGGAACUAAAAAGAACUA